GUGCAUCUUUCUGAGCUCCAGCCACACUUCCCAUCAACUCCCACCUGUUUCCCCCCAAUCAUCCAUCAAGGCUCACCAAAGGCCACCACAUCAGAACGACGGCAUCUUGUAGUCUCAGUAUAUUGCAUGAAGUGGCUCGUCUGGCGCCCAUCGUAUGAUAACACAGUCUUCCUUCGACCUGCUCCGAAGAUGAGCUUCUGCCGGCUGUCAGAGUUGUUAUUGUUGUUGUCUUAAACCAGCUCUUCAGCCUUACCCAUCCGUCAACUUUGGCGGACGGAUACUUGUGGAUGCGCGCACGCGUAGACUUGAAGUCUCCGAUUCGACGCACAUGACUGAAGCCAAAAUGCCGCUCAUGCUCGAGAAUGGCAUGAACGGCUCCAUGCAGGUCGAUCAGCUUGACGUCGAUGACCUUUUCGGCGACGGCGUCGGUCUAUCUCUUCAUACGGCUCGGCCUCCCACCAAGCAUUUGCGCCAGAGGAUAGACGAUCUGCGGACUCGCGGUUGUUGCCAGGGUAUAGCAUGGUCGAGAUCCGGCGCAAUCGCAUCGAUUUCUCCCGACGGAAAGACAUUGGAAGCCAGGUUUUUACGCUCGCAUCCCGACGAUGGCAACUGGGGUCUCAGCGAGCCCACAAAGGUCGACCUCAUCGCCAUCAACGCCACUAGCCCCAUAGUUCACCUGGCCUGGGCCUCGACAACAAGCCCAGAACUAGCCGUCAUCGAUGCGACCGGUCGAGUUGCCAUCCUAACCUACUCCAUCACACUGAAUCGCCCCUUCGCAACGCGAAAGUGGGAUCAUGAUCCGAGUGAUGAUCUUCACGCCAUUGUCGGCAGCUACUGGCUUCCCCUUGCACCCCAGUCUAAGCAGUAUUAUGUGAGCCAUGGGCCUGCUGUGAGGGAUGGUAACCAGUACCGCUAUGAGAGCUCCUUCGUACAUGCCUACGGUCCCUGGCAUCCAAACCCAUCCAAGAGCGCUCUGCUGUGUGUGACCACAAACGGCCAUCUCAAGAUGUUCUGGGCUCAAAAUAAUAAUAAGAUUGAGGAAACCACGCUUGAGCUUGAAAGCGUUAACUCCUCCGAUGAUUUGGUCACGCACGCAGCACUACACAGUGAUAAGAGUAGUCUGUGGGUUGCUCUAGCGACUACCUCCAAGCAGUUGCGUGUUGUGCGAGUUGGCAUUCAUUGGGGCUUGCCGCAGUCCCAAUCCGACAACAAACCGCCCCCUGGCAGCCAAGUCCUGAACCCGACCAUGCAAGAGAAACAUGUUGCGAUUUCUAGCUGGUUGCCCAGUGGCUCAUCCGCCACCCCAAUCGACUCCGCCGCCAACCAACUGACACACUUGGAGAUCUUGCCGUCAACCCUAGACCACACGGGCCAAGGCUGGGCUCCCCUUAUCAUCCUCGCAGUCCGUACUUACUUACCAACACCCAAUACCCCUUACCAGGAAACGCAAAGCAUUAUCGACAAGUGGGAGGUCCACAACGACCAGUCCCAGAGCCUUCACCCAGCGUUCGAGCAGCUGGGAAGUCGCAGGAACAGUACAGGAGCGGCUCCAGCUCCCAUAUCCCGACUCAAGAAGUAUGACCCCGUGGUCAUCAAUAAGGCCAUUGUUGGUGUACACACUAUCCAGUAUGGCAGAGUCAUAUGUCUAGCCUUUAGCGAUGGUUCGGUAGAAUAUCGCGACAGGUUCACCUUACAGGAGAUUUACAACGAGAUGAAUCUCGAUAGGGUCAUGACGCUGAACCAGGUGGGCUUUACUUUCCAGGAUGAAUCGCCAUGCUUGCAAAUGGCAUUCUCCCCGACAAACUGUUCCAUCAUUAAGAUACAAGACGAUGGCAAAGUCAAAUGGAGCAAGAUGCACUAUCCCCUGGGUGAUAUCGGAAACUCCAGCCAAGACGCACCAUAUGCCGCCACGCUGGCGGCAUUAACGGUAGCUGCCUCGACAGCAACUUUCAACAACAUAAACUACGAUGAUAUCCUGGCUGUUGCUCGUUCAUAUGCAGAUAAAAAGCGCUUCACGUCCGACUGGAUCAACGAAAUCGUGCGCAUGCUCAAGACCCCCGUCGACUACUCAGAGGAUACCCACCACGAUAGUCUUGUUAGGAACAGCUCUCUUCAGAUGUGCUUGAGCAUCCUCAACCACCUUGGGUACAAAGGCAUGUUUCAGCCUCGGUCGUUUGGCGGCAAGUUCGCUAUGCUGGCGCUCAACGCACGCAACGUCGUCAUUCUCAUCACGAUCGCGAGUAAUACUCCGGCUACGAUUCGAGAGAAGCUUAGUCCGCUUGACGAGCACGAGGUUGUUGACGCACUUGCUGGCUGCGCAAAGUGGUCCCUCGAUCUUCUCUCGUGGCUUACCGACUCCCUUUUCGCCCUUCUUGACGACCAGCAGUUCCUUGCUCUCCUCACACCGCAGCGCUUCUCCGAGAUCAGCACCUACGUACAGUCCCGCUCCGACGUCUCUCUCCACUUGCUUCUGUGCUCUUCGACACGCGGUUUUCUCUCUGCCGUAUGCCGCCGCAUUCUGCACCUCGAGAUUCUCUCGAACCGCGCUAUCGAGUUCUACGAACGCCGGGCCGCCAUGCAGAAGGCCACCGAUCCAUCCUCGCAAAAUAAGGCUCUGCAUGUAGUUCUAUACAAGGCUUACCAGAAGAUGCAGCGCGUCACCUCCAGCAGUCUCAUCAAGGUACAAGAGUUUGACCGUCUCCUCACGGUCCUCAAUAACGACAUUCGCUCCGCCUACCAGAGCUCUUUCGCGUCCCUGGCGAGUAAGAACCCCCUGGGCGCCGGCGGGCAGAAGGCUCUGGACGCGCAAAUUAAGAACGCCCAAACCCGAUGCGAGCUCAGCAUGCUCCUCGCGGCAUCGCCGCCGCCAGCUUUCCUCCCCGUUCUCCUAAAGUUCUUCAACACCGACCUUAAGACAUAUCGCGCGCAGGCCGACCCGUCCAAGCUCUUCUUUGCUGACUUCACCCUCCUCGAAAUCGACGACGAUCGCCGAGCUCUCGCGGCGCGCAAGGCAAAAGGCCGGUUUAUCGACGUAUUCAAACGUGUCGAGCUGGCUACACCAUCGGCCGACAGCACGAAGGAGGGCGACGAUGCCAAGCUGGCGCAGUGGAGACGAUGCGUUCGGUGCUCAGCGGUCAUGGAGGACGUCUUUGGCUCUCGACCAGGUUUUACGUUUGUACUGGCUCAGCAGAGGAAGUGUUCCUGUGGUGGCCACUGGGGGCUCUUGCCCAAGGAUGUUCUCAUGAUUUGAAACUCUUGAGGGAUUUUGUAGCGGCUCAAAGGGGGUCGGGCAAAAGGCUGCAUGAAAGCCUCAAUAGUGUUUUGAGAUUGGUGUGUAUUCUAUUCAGCCAUUGUGCAAAGCGUAUGGACAGGGUAGCAUGAGAUGGCCCGCCGCUCGCAAUGUGAACUUGGCUCACCGAUCUUUGACAAUUUCCCAUGUCAGUAUUACAAUAUCUUGCAGUUUCCAAGGGAGAGUGAUAAGGUCAAAUCGGCGACGGCACGGCAUAAUGGGCCGAAGGAGUCUGCUCGAAAACGACUCGGUCUUGACUGCAAAGUAGGUAGACUCUAAUACUCUCGGGUUAUAUCCAGAAGCCAUAUUUGAGCUAGGCUGUUACAUGUACGCCAGGUCACAUAGCUUUUCCCAGUGGUUACGCAGAGGAAGUGGUGUACAACUGCUCGGACCGCGUCCUAAGCAUACCGAGGAGAGUCGGAUGGAUGCCUAGCUCGAGACUCGAAUAGCUUUUUAUUCUUGAAUGAUGAAAAGAGUUUGUGCAGAAACUUCGCCAUAUUGGACCUUGGUAAGAUGCCCUCCAUCCUGUUUUUCAUUCGAACGAAGACGGGUGAGCCCGCGACAAAGCGGCCAAAUGAUUGAGAAGGCAGGGAAGACAAGGUCGAGUGAGGUUUUUCCGUGGCAGUGGUGCGUCAAGGCACCAUCCAGCACACCGCUGAGCCAAGGAUUCCUAUCUGCCGGUUCGUGUCGUCUCAUGUACCUCGGAUAGUCUAGUCGACGCCAACAUCGGACAAUCGCCCAUGAUAGGCAGUAAUAGGAUGAGUGGGACUCUUGUAAGGGUAGACUUCCACGGCUAUCAAUCUCGAAGACGCCAGGGACACAAGCUCAUUCUUUGGAAUUGAAGGCAGCCGCGAAUCUAAAUCAGCCUUUUCGGGGCCACAGGCCACUUGACUGACUGACU